ACGGUCCUAGGGAAGUUCAUGUCUUGACUCAUGAGAGAAAAACCGUGGAAUAGACGCUGGACUGGCUCAGGAAAGAAAAACGUGGAUGCUGAAAGGAAUUAUUCCCGUCUGGGAGGUCCACUGGAUUACCUUUUUCAUUCCCCAUACACUUGUGUAAAUCUCAGUGGAGGAGCGCGAAUCAUUCGGUCGACGUCUCAGCAAUCUUGUCCGAAUCAUAGAAGCUUGUCCGUGGAGUUUGGUGUGGUGAGAUCAGCAUCCGCUAUAAUAGCGCUAUUAACUAACGGAUGGCCUACUCGGCGACAAGAUCAUGGAUAAACAUGUUCGAAACUCAGCCUGUUUUAAUUUUGGAUACGUGUAGAUUCGAGUAGCCUACUGCUCCUUGCCAUCGAUUUUUUUUGGUUCUCAGAUGCUGCCAUCGUUCCACCAGAAGCCAUUCGAAGGAGGCGUUUGUGUCGAGUUCUAGCACAUCCCGGAUUACUGAGGCGAUACAUUGUAACAUUAUUGUGAAACAGGCUAGUUCUACACUGUGGGGCGGUCAUGAGGCAGAGAGCACGAUUAUGAUUUGGAGAGUGGAUGUUGCUGUAUUGCACUGACGCCUUUACACUGGUGUCCGUUGUGUUGUCUCAUUCAGACAGCUAGACUGGGUACGAAAUAACUGCCUGAAAUCAAUUUGGCUACAUUCAAUACAAGGCUAUAGCCUACGUAGGCUAUUUCCUUCUUUUUCACCUCUGGCUGUGUUGGACGUUGAAGACCCCUCUCCCGAACAAGCACGAUGUCUUUUUUUAAUUUUCGGAAAAUAUUUAAACUGGGAACUGAGAAGAAAAAGAAACAAUACGAGCACGUUCACAGGGACUUGAAUCCAGAGGACGAGUGGGAGAUUGUAGGAGAACUGGGAGAUGGAGCCUUUGGCAAAGUGUACAAGGCUCAGAACAAGCAGACGGGUGUGCUAGCGGCGGCUAAGGUGAUUGACACCCAGACUGAAGAGGAGUUGGAGGACUACAUAGUAGAGAUUGACAUCCUGGCCUCCUGUGACCAUCCUAACAUCGUCAAACUCCUAGAAGCAUACUACUUCCAGACCAAACUCUGGAUCCUGAUUGAGUUCUGCGGGGGAGGAGCAGUGGAUGCGGUGAUGCUGGAGCUGGAGCGGCCAUUGACGGAGCCUCAGAUCCGCGUGGUGUGUAGGCAGACCCUGGAGGCCCUCCAGUAUCUCCAUGACAACAAGGUCAUCCAUCGGGACCUGAAGGCCGGCAACAUCCUCCUCACCAUCGCCGGAGACAUCAAGCUGGCUGACUUCGGUGUGUCUGCCAAGAACACGAGGACCCUUCAGCGAAGAGACUCUUUCAUUGGGACACCGUACUGGAUGGCCCCGGAGGUGGUGAUGUGCGAGACGUCUAAGGACCGGCCGUACGACUUCAAGGCCGACAUCUGGUCCCUGGGCGUCACGCUGAUCGAGAUGGCCGAGAUCGAGCCGCCCAACCACGAGCUCAACCCCAUGAGGGUGCUGCUCAAGAUCGCCAAGUCCGAACCUCCCUCACUCAUGAAGCCAUCCAGAUGGUCGGCAGAGUUUAAGGACUUCCUGCGAAAGUGUCUGGACAAGAACAUGGACAACAGGUGGAACACUGCUCAACUACUGCAGCAUCCAUUUGUGGUGAACGUGGUGGACAGCAAGCCCAUGAGGGAGCUGAUCGCUGAGGCCAAGGCUGAAGUCCUAGAGGAGAUUGAGGAGGGCAAAGAGGAAGAGGAGGAGGAGGAGAGCGACACCCUGCUGGUGGUGCCCAGGCAUAAGCGCGCCCUAUCGGACGUCAGCAACGGCAGCUCAGAAGACGAGAGGGCCGCCCCAAGUCCCACCCCCUUGGUCACCGUCUCGGAGAUGCCCGAGUCCGAGCCAAGGCCCAGCGAGGGCAAAGCUCCCGAGGUGGAGAAGGAGCCGGUCGUGGAGACACCACCUGCUGGAAUUAAGGAGGAAGUGCAGGUCAGGAAAGAGGAAGAGGGCGGCAACAACCAACCAGAAGCGGCCAGAGAAACAGCAGAGAAUGCAACUGUCAGCGACCAGAAGGAUGAAAUCAGGGCAACAGAGGAGGAAGAGGAGAGACAAAAAGAUGAAGGAGAACACGAGAAGACUGAAGAAAUGGAACAGAAGACAGAAAAAGGAACAGAGGAUGGGGACGUUCAAGAGCAAAAGAACGAAGAGAUAACAAAAGAGCAAGAAGUAGUAGUGGUGGAGGACGCACAGAAGGAAGAAGAGGAUGAGAAGAAGGAAAAUGAAGUUCAGAAAGAGGAGCCUGCUGAGCUCCAAGAUUCUGCAUCUGCUGCUACAGACGGAGAUGAGAACCAGAAACCAGAGGAAGCACUACAGGAGCCAGGAGAACCAAAGGAGCCUGAAGAACAACAACCUGUUGAAGAUCUGGCAGCACCAGAGUCCAAAGAACCAGCAGCAGAACUGACCACUGCAGGUGACGAGAAGCCAGAGCAUGCACUAGAGACGGAUCAACAUGAAGACAAAGAGCAAGAUGUGGAAGAACAAGCAACAAAUGGAGAAGAUCUAACUAUAGACAGCACUUCCAAGGCAUCAGAAUCCACAGAGGUGUCGUUAGCAGAAGCUGGAUCCAAUAAUGAUGCGCAACAGGAGGAGGAGACACAGGCCACAGAGAUUAAGGAAGGAGGAGAUGAGGUCCAGUCUAAAGAAGAGAAGGAGCAGGAGCCGGUAGACAAUAAGGCAGCGGUACCAUCCACAGUCACCACGGUUACAGACGUUACCCCAGAAAUUGUGGUGGAAGGUGACGAGGGCACACAGAUGGUGGAGACAAAGUUCGGUGAAGAGGGGGACAAGGAGAAGGAGAAGGACUCCGAUUCUGGCUGCAGCUCGGCAGCCGACACCAACAGCAUCGAUAUCAACCUGUCCAUCUCCAACUUCCUGUCCAAGAACAAGGAUGGUUCCAUCUCCGUGCAGGACUACAAGCGACAGAAGAAGACCCUGAAGAAGACGCGCAAGUUCAUGGUGGACGGAGUGGAGGUCAGCGUCACCACCUCCAAGAUCAUCACCGACAACGACACCAAGAGCGAAGAGCUGCGCUUCCUCAGGCGUCAGGAGCUGCGUGAGCUGCGUCUCCUCCAGAAGGAGGAGCAGAGGUCCAUGCAGCAGCUCAGUAACAAGCUGCAGCAGCAGAGAGAGCAGCUGUUCCGCCGCUUUGAGCAGGAGACCACCGGCAAGAAGCGUCAGUAUGAGCUGGAGCUGGAGACCCUGGAGAAGCAGCAGAAGCAGUCCAUCGAGCGCCUGGAGCAGGAGCACACCAGCCGGCUGAGGGACGAGGCCAAGCGCAUCAAGAGCGAGCAGGACCGGGAGCUCUCCAAGUUCCAGAGCAUGCUCAAGAACCGCAAGAAAGAGGUGAAACAGGAGGUGGCGCAGUCCCCCAAACACAUGAGAAAAGACCUGUCCAAACGUUUAAAAGAGGACUUAGCACUCGCACAACAUGAAGAGGAGCAAGAGUUUCUGCAGCGGCAGCAGCAGGAGUUGGACGCGGCCCUGAAGCGGAUCAUCCAACAGCACAAGCAGGAGCUGGCUGCCAUCGAGAGAGACUGCCUGAACCACAAGCAGCAGCUGAUGAGAGCUCGUGAGGCGGCCAUGUGGGAGAUGGAGGAGCGCCACCUGCAGGAGAAACACCAGCUCCUCAAGCAGCAGCUGAAGGACCAGUACUUCAUGCAGAGGCACCAGCUGCUCAAGAGACACGACAAGGAGAUGGAGCAGAUGGGCGGCUACAACCAGCGGCUGGUGGAGGAGAUGAAGAACAGGCACGCGCAGGAGAAGGGACGCCUGCCCAAGAUCCAGCGCGGCGACGCCAAGACGCGCAUGGCCAUGUUCAAGAAGAGCCUGCGCAUCACCGCCACCGGCACGCCCGAACAGGACCGGGAGAAGAUCAAACAGUUUGCUAUCCAGGAGGAGAAGAGGCAGAAGAGUGAGCGUCUUCAUCAGCAGCAGAAGCACGAGAACCAGAUGAGAGACCUGCAGCUGCAGUGUGACUCCAACAACAGAGAACUACAGCAACUACAGAAUGAGAAGUGCCACCUGCUGGUGGAGCAUGAGACUGAGAAGCUGAAGGAGCUGGAUGAGGAGCACGGCCAGGAGCUGAAGGAGUGGAGAGAGAAGCUCAGGCCCCGCAAGAAGGCGCUGGAGGAGGAGUUCAGCAGGAAGCAGCAGGAGCAGGAGGUCUUCUUCAGCACCAGCGGAGACUCCGAGUGCCUCAACCCCAACGCCCAGAGCAGGGUCUCCAAGUUCUACCCCGUCCCAGGAGCACACUCCUCAGGAUCCUAACCUACCAUGACACACACACACAUACACACACACACAUGGACACACACACACACACACACACACACACACACACACACACACACACACACACACACACACACACACACACACAAACGGACACACACACACACACACACACACACACACACUGAAGCUCCUGUGCUUCGGUAUCUUUUACAACCUGCCCCUUAAACAUAUGGAGCUGCUGAAGAUUGAGUGCCACCCUUACCGUCCAAAAAACACACACCCACACACAGUACAGUGCCCCACACACCCCCCCACGCACGCACCAAUGACACCUGCGAGUUUCUCCUAAACCGUUCAUAAAUGAAUACGUGUUUGAAUCCUGAAUUUCAUCUCUUCAGUCUUCAGUGGGACUCAAGUUGAUGUUGCUGGAUACUUGGUAGUCUGCUGUGAUGGCUCCGUCCACAUCUAAACCAGUGUUUACCCAAUAAGGGUAUUCCAAACCUGAUGAGAUUUUGUCCAGAACCUAAAUGGUUCCUCUCAUGACGCGAGACCCUCACCUGCGAGUAGACUUUGGGUACAAGUUCACAAACACUCUGUAGAGGUCUUAGUUUUUUUGACGUUCUGGAAAAAUCAAAAGGACAUCAAAAAUAAAAAAUAAAAAGACUUGUAAGGAGUGUGUAAACGUUUUAAAAUGGAAAAUGAAGAAACCCUCUUGACCAGUGAGAGCAGUACUCAGAGACCAUAUGGACCACUUCACAGUGUAUCCGAUCCUUCCCAAAAAUGGGCCAGGCAAUGGAGAAGCUACUUCACGUAAGGACGUAAUUCAGCCCAAGGUCGCCUACUAUUCCUCAGUUUCAAGAGGGAAAGUGCCUCAAAUGUGUACCGUCUGUUAUAAUGCGUGUUGGCUUUUCUUUUUUUUAAAAAUCAGUGAUCCGUGUAUGCUGUAAAUGUGUUUUUUUUCCCUAUUUUGUGUGUGCGAGCGUGCGUGUGUGCAAGUGUGCAUGUUUGUUCACACUUGAAAAAGCUGGACCCCACCCACCCCAUGUCUUUGCCCUUCCUUAUGCUGCUCGGUGUGCAAAGAGGUGCACUGAGGUGGUUGGAACUUGUAUACUUUCUAGGACCUAAGUUGCCCUUUUCAGCGUGAUGUCAGACUUCUGUCAGACGACAGGAAUUCUGGUUUGAAGUGAAGCAGGGAUACGACUACCAAUUCGGGGAAGAACAAAGCAGUGUGUAUAUGUAUUAUAUGUCUAUGCCACCGGGUGCAACUUGUGCUGUACCCGCUUCGAAUGCAUUGAAAUGUUCAGAGGUGGAAGGUGUUCGGCAUUAUGUGCAAAGGGCCCAUUGAGCAGGACAGCCAAAGCCAAGAUGAGUCAUAGAACUCAAGGAGAAGAACUAACCAUUUUCCAAUGGAACAGGACUAACACAGAACACUUUGAAGUGCACAUUGGUGCCCCACGACAUGACGGGUGCUGGAUGCAGAUGUUAGACAUUUAUGCAACAGUUAGAUGCAUGUUCCCCUCAAGUGGGGUAUGGCCUCAACAAACAAAUGCUGUUGCUAUGACGGCAAUGAUCAACCAUUCUCAGUGCGGUGCCCAUGACCAGUGGAACUUCAAUGGUUACAAAAAAUAUUGUGUUGCUGUUGUGUUUUCUUCUAAUGGUGUGUAAUACUACUGUUGUGUGGUUUAUGUCAAAGAACCUUAACUAUCUAAGGUUGGAUCAAAAGCAAAUUGAAGCACUUUUGUUUUUUUUUAUAGACUUUCCAAUGACUCUGGAAGGGAUCCGAGACAGAUAAAUGAAGUUCAGUGCAAUGUAUUAUUGCACUGGUUCACAUGGUCUGAGAAUAUGCAGUAUGGACGUCUUGUGCGUUUAGGAAAGGCAUACAGUGUACGUUGCCUCAUUAUAAGGAUUGCAACUUUUUGUCCACUUUAUCUUGAGAUGGUUUUUUAAAGCACAUCUCUGCUCGAUGCACAGUCAAUUUUAACGAAUGACACGGGAGGAAAUGUUGGGAUAUCAUUGCAUAAUGUAAUUUUAAUGUAAAACGUUUUUUUCGUCUUUUUGUCUGUUACGACUCCUUUUUUUUGUUCCUCGAUGCUUGUUGCCCAAUGUGUUCAUUUUUUUUCUAUUACUGCUGUUUCGUUGACGUCUCCUCUCCCAUUGAAUGUCUGACAAUGAAUGAGGUUACUGAAGUCUUGCUGAUCAUUGGCAUAUGUGAUGGCUUGAAGGAAGGAACUGCUUGAAUGUUUUUGGUUGGCUUACCUUGCUUGAUGAUGUACCACUGUAAGCUGAUGUUAUUGCUAAUGCUUCUUUGUCAAUGUUGGCCCAAAUGGUUAGAAUGGUAAACGUCGACACUGGUUAAAGGCCCCAUCCUUAAUUGUCUAAUAGGCAAUAGUGUUGCAGUAAAUGUGCCAUGUCUCCUGUGUUUGUGCUACCACAACGGUUUCUUCCUAUUUUUACAAUAAAUAUUUCACCACAGAGUGAUGAAAGGGCCAUUGAUCAGGAACUGUUAAAAUGUGCUGUAUUGACGUGCUGAAGGAACAGGGUCUAGAGAGAAAAACUUCUCUGCAAUCGGAAUAGAUGUUUACCACGUGGAGAGCCAUUUGACACAACACUGGGAAGGAACAACAAAAGGCCAAGGGGCAAUAAAACCCAAAUGAGAAUGCU